AUGGUUUUCAUUGUCGAGGAGUGUCUUCAGAAGUUGAAUUCGAUCAACGGUUCCACGAAGAGCAUUUCAGAUGUAACUGCGUGGCUUUUCAGUAACGAGAACGAUGCAGCGAAAGUAGUUCAGAUUUGGAGUGAUGUGUUUAUCCGAGCUUCCUAUCAGACCAAACUCUACUUAUUUUAUCUAGCAAAUAAUGUCUUAGUCAAAGAGCGCAACUCUGGUCAUUUCAAAUAUACUCCUGAAUUUAUGACGCUUUUGCCGACCAUGUGUCUGAACUCGUUGAGCAUGGUCCAGGAUUCACAAAUCGCUAUGAAGAUCCUCGAUGUUCUACGCUUGUGGAAAGAUCACCGAACAAUGGGUCGCAGCAUGACUUUUCAAAUUCUCUCCAGCAUUCCGAUUCAAAUUUUGUAUUUUUUCUCAUGUUCUAUCACUCAGCACGCAAUUCCCCUCCUAUGCCGAUCUAAACGUCCAAAUCGGCAAUCCCUCUAUUUCUCCAUCCAAUUCCACUAA